AUGGCCGUAAGAACAACAUGCAUGGUUUUGGCCGGGCCCAUUAUAAUGGGGCUCGGUGUAGAAGCCAAGUACGAGGUGGAUAAUUCCACACUGUGCACACCGGGACUAAUAUUACCUACUUGGGAGCCUCAAAUUCCGUUAAGCGGAGGCGAAAGAUUGGCUAGAGGUGUAGUUUACCUUUUAGCAAUGUUUUAUCUUUUCAUCGGAGUGUCCAUCGUGUCCGACAGAUUUAUGAGCGGAAUCGAAAUGAUAACUUCACAGGAGAAAACGGUUAAAAUAAAAAAGAAAAAUGGAGAGUUACAAGAUGUCAAAGUAAGAGUGUGGAACGAAACGGUUGCUAAUUUGACAUUGAUGGCAUUGGGAUCAUCCGCUCCUGAAAUAUUACUUUCAAUUAUUGAAAUCAUUGCCAAAGACUUUAAAGCUGGAGAAUUGGGACCGGGAACAAUUGUAGGUUCUGCUGCAUAUAAUCUAUUUAUAAUAAUUGCACUUUGCGUCGCGGUCAUACCUGACGGACAAACGCGUAAAAUAAAACAAUUGAGGGUAUUUUUCAUAACGGCUGCAUGGUCCAUUUUUGCCUACAUAUGGUUACUUUUGAUUCUACGCGUUUUUUCUGAGGGAGUCGUCGAAGUUUGGGAAGGCUUAUUAACAUUUCUUUUUUUUCCCGCUACCGUACUUACAUCAUACAUUGCCGAUAGACGUUUGUUUGUGUUCAAAUACCUUCCACGCAUUUCAAAAGACAAAGAAGGAGAAGUUGAACUCGGAUCGGCUGAAAGUCACAUCGAUUUAAGCACGAAAAAAAAUAGUUCGGAUGGAAUUGAUGAUUUAGCCGAAAAUUUCGAACAGAAAUGUCGAGAAUACACUGCCAUUUAUCAAGAAUUAAAAAAAAUGUAUCCGGAUGAAGAUUUGGAAGCAUUGGAAAUGAGAGCAGAAAAAGAAAUAUUAAAAAGAGGUCCUAAAAGCAGAGCCUUUUACAGAAUGCAAGCGACAAGAAGGAUUGUUGGCGGUCCGGAUACGACAAUGAGAAAAUUAUCACAUUUAAGCAAAUCCGAAGAAAAAGAGGUAUCGAACGACUCGGAAGAAGAUUUAACGGUUCAAAAAGUUUUCUUUGAAAAAAGUCAAUAUAAAUUUAUGGAAGAUGUCGGUACGGCCGUUAUAAAAGUCGUAAGAAGGGGUGGAAAUUUAAAUCAGAGAAUAUCAGUCGAUUAUGCAUCCGAAGAUGGAACCGCGGAAGCUGGAUCCGAUUACGAACCCGUUAGCGGAACAUUAAUAUUCAAUCCGGGAGAAACGGAACUUCCAAUAAAAGUUAAAAUAAUUGACGAUGACGAAUUCGAAGAAGAUGAAACGUUCAUAAUACGUUUAAGCAACCUUCAGGUUGUCGAUGACGUCAUGAGAAAAACAAGCGGUCCUAAAUCGAGAGGUUCGAGAGGUUCGAUAACGAGUAUUAAAUUUCAAUGGCAAGUUCAAUUGGGAGUCCCUUCGUUCGUGACCGUGACCAUAUUGGACGAUGAUCACGGUGGAAUAUUUCGUUUUGGAGAAAAAGAGCAUAGCGUGUCGGAAUCCGCGGGAUUUUUUAAUUUGAAAAUUUUCAGGUACGUCGGAGCCAAAGGAAAAGUUUCAUUACCUUUUUACACGGAAGAUGGCACUGCUGUUAAUGGUAAAGAAUACGAAGAAACAAAAGGAGAAAUCAUUUUUGAAAAUAAAGAAAUUGAGUAA